CUGCCCCAAAGGUCAAGCAGAAUAAGCACAUGACAAACAAUGUACUGAGAAGGACAGUUAUAUGAAGAGAGUUGCAGUGAUAGGAGCCGGUGCAUCAGGGCUGUGCUGUGCCAGACACCUCAGCAGGUUUCCCGAGACCUUCCAGUUUACUGUGUAUGAGCAGAGUGAGCAGGUGGGGGGCGUGUGGGUGUACAGCAAUCCCACUCCUGGAAAAAUACCGAAAGAUGUGAGAGACAUCGUAAAGUCAUGUGAACCAAACAGAAUUCCCUUCCAUAGCACCAUGUACAAACAUUUGAGAACAAACCUUCCGAAGGAAAUCAUGCUAUUUCCAGGGUUUCCGUUCAAUGAUCACCUGCCGUCAUUCGUCCAUCACACUGAUGUCAGGUCCUAUCUGGAGAAGUACACAGAGCAUUACAAGUUGGACAGAUUUAUCCAACCUGGAAAAUUGGUUGAUUGUGUUUCACCACUUCCUCAAACAUCCGCCGACCAGAUCGACUCUGUGAGGUGGAGUGUCAGCACCCAGGGGCUAUCAACUGGCCAGAGGGCAUCUGAGGAGUUUGACUUCGUUCUCAUCUGCAAUGGGCAUUAUUUUGCACCGCAUGUACCUCAACUGAGAGGUCUAUCAUCGUUCCCCCGUCCUGUGAUCCAUAGCAGCUGGUACAAAGAGCCAGAACCAUUCAAACACCAAAGCGUCUUGGUGGUAGGGGCUGGCCCUUCAGGAAUGGACCUUGUCAUUGAUCUAGCAGCACAUGCUCGAGUGGUUUACUUAUGCAGUCGAGUAACUCCGAAAUCAAAAGUUCCAGAAAAUGUUCAGAAAUUGCCUGGUAUCUCUGAGCUAAAGGAAGAUGGCCGUGUUUGCUUCGAGAAUGGUGAAGAGAGAAGUGUGGACUGUGUUGUUCUGGCUACCGGCUACUUGUACUCUUAUCCAUUCCUCAGUGAAGAGUCUGGCAUCAAGGUUGUCGAGGGAAAGAGAGUCACUCAUCUGUACAAGCACACCUUCAAUGUCGCCCACCCCUCAAUGGCGGUCGUCGGUGUGAACUCUGGCUUAAUCCCUUUUCCGACGUUUGAUCUCCAAGUUCAGUGGAUUGUGAGAGUGUGGCGUGGAAUGAAUGCACUUCCUCCAAAACAAGAAAUGAUUCGAGAUGUCGAUGCAGUCUACGAGAGCCGAUUACAAGAUGGACUCCCCCCUCAUAGAGCCGGACACUAUUUGGGAGACAAGAGAUGGGAGUUUAACGAGCAGCUGUCACAGUUGGGAGGGAUUGAACCACCACCACCUGUCGUGAGACCACUUUAUGAUCUGGUACGUGAACAAAGAGCUUGUGAUGUGGCAACUUAUAGAGAUAAUACUUUUACAAUUAUUAACAACAAGGAAUUUUCUUAUUCGUAAGUAUACGUGUGCCUCAACUAUAGUGUGUAGAA